AUGAAGCUACCGUUGCACCUCGUGCUGGGUGCUUGUGUGGCAGUUCCCAAUGCCUCUGCAUUUCAGCCUUGUCCAGCUUCCUCCUUGGUGGGAAGAGUUGGACCUACACGGUUGAUCAAAGAAUCAGUGGUGGCCUUACAUUGUCAACAUCAUGAAGAUCAGGAAAGUCAACAGAGGGCGACUUCACCAAUGACUCCAGCUGAGGAUAAUGGGACCAUGAUUAGCCACUCUUUCACUACAGCAUUGGCGGGUAUCCUAUUCGUCGUUUCCACAUGCUUCAGUGUGCCUGCCUUGGCGGAUGGUGGUUUGAUGGUGGUAUCGGAAUCCUCUCCACAGCAAACCACGGCCAAUGUCAGGGCUGGUCUCUCGGCAAGACGGUAUUGGAAUAUCAUGGCCAGUCAAGAAGAAAAUUCCCAAGAAAUGAAAAUGCAAGCCAAUGAAGGAUUGAUUGACCAUGCUGUUGGAACGGUCAAUACCAUGUACUAUGACAAUACUGGCGGUGUCCGAUUCACACCACGAGAAUUCUACAAUAGCUGGAGGGCUCUGCGCGAAGAAGCACGACAAGAACAAGCUCUGGUCAGUCGGGAAGCCACGGUGCAAAAACUCAAAUCGCUCAUUUCCAGUCUCAAUGAUCCUUACAGUAAAUAUUUGACUCGCGAAGAACUUUGGCAAGAGUUGAAGAUUCGCAAUGAUGGCUUUUUAGGAAUUGGAGCUGUGGUCGAAGCGCCAGAUCAAGGAGAUCAGUUCUUUGCCCGAGGAUCAUCACCCACCCUUGCUACCGUCGUGGAUGGCGGCAGCAGCCAUGUCAAGAAUAACAACAACAAACAGCCACAAUCUGCUAGUAGCAAAAAAGAAACCCCGCCUCCACUGAGUGCCACAGUGGUCCAAAAUCUACCGGUUGUGACAGCGGUGGUACCAGAUAGCCCUGCCGAACGAUCGGGAAUCACGGUGGGAGAUCGGGUAGUAGCCGUGGGAGACUACACCUUUCUGGGUCUGUCACGAAACGAUGUCAAUCAAAACUUUCAAACCAGAUUCACUGUUGAUGCAGCCGACGGAUACUACUUUGGGCACUCGGAUCUUACGCUGGCCAAGCCACUGGUUCGUACAUUGCUGGCCGAUCCACUACAGCAAAGUGUGGGCAUGUCGUCGUCGUCAUCCCAAACUAUGGCGAAAGAUAGGGAAGUGAUUAUUGGGUAUCGACAAACCCGAGUGCGAUUGCCCACCAAAUCAUUGGAAGAGGAAACAUUUUCGGCUACUACUAGUAGUGAGCCCGUUCCACAACAGCAGCAGGCUGCAACAACCAAUUAUGUGGCCAGUGGCAUUAGUGGAAUGGAGUCAGCGGAUAGCACUCCGGCAGUGCAGCCACAAUCCGCCUCGCCACCACCCACCAAGGGAGGAAAUUCCAUUGUUCAUUGGGAGCUCAUCUCGGGACAAUCGCAACAACCAUCCAUCUUUCAGCGGAGUCUCAUGACGGACGAGGAAAGGAAUGCCGCCGAGGAACGAAAGGUGGGAUACAUUCGGUUGACACGAUUCUCUCGAGCCUCCACAGCUGGAUACAUUGAGGCAGUGCAAGCUUUGGAAGACCUUGGUGCUACGUCCUUUAUCAUUGACGUGCGCAACAACUAUGGAGGCAUCAUUCAAGAAGCCAUGUUGACGGCAUCCACGCUGCUGCGAGAUCCUCAUGCCGUUCUGUGCUACACUAUGAACUCACGAGGUGGUUUUGCUCCACACGAUGUCGAGGAAUACGUCGUGGACAAGCGAUAUCCGGGAUACAUGAUGUCCAGCGAGCCCCGGUGGGUGACAUUGCGUCAAUCACAACGAGACAAUCCCGAACUGUACCUAGACAAUGGUAGUGGCUGGGUUCCUCCCAGUUCCUACGCCAGUCUUCGAGAGCAAACGGCUACACGAGGGCUUCAUCGACCAUCGACAUUCUCUGCAUACGAGAGUGGCGACACGAGCGUUGCGGACGCGGCGACGUCGUUACCUUUCAACCUGCAGUGGAACACGGCAGCGGCCAAUGCCUACCUGAACCACAACCAGCAAUGGCUGGCCCAACGAAACUUGGUGAUUCUCAUCAACGAAGGAACUGCUUCGUCAGCCGAAGUCUUUGCAUCGUCGCUGCACGACAACGGCCGUACUUUGGCCUUGAUUGGUACCAAGUCCUAUGGUAAGGGUUUGAUCCAACAUACCUUUCCAAUGCCCGACGGAGGCGGCCUUCGGUUGACGGUUGCCGAGUAUUUGACUCCUGCGCUGCGCCAUGUCACAGUGGUCGGCAAUGCCAAGUUUGACCGAACCACAGGCGAGCAAGUCGGUGGUGGCAUCACCCCAGAUGUGUACUGUGCCAGCAAGCAAGGAAUCCCUGCCAACAUUGGAGCGGAUCUCUGCGUGGGGAUGGCACUGGAUGUCCUAGACGAAGCAGAACCGGCCUCGUACGCAUCAGAGGGACACGAGAAACACCACCGACAGCAGCAUCUAAAGGAGCGCCAGCAGCAGGAAGACUUUACCAAGAAAGGUAUUCUUGUGCUUGGGUCGCAACCAACUGCCAAUGAUGGGGCGGCAAGUACCCUGGAAACGGCUAGCUUCCGUGUAAACGACAAAAUAAUGACAGAGAAAGCAGUCAAUGCACAUUCAAGUGAUUACCCUCAGAAUGGCGGUCUUUAA